AUGUUCAUAAAAAGUGGGUGUAUUAUUUUUGUAGUAGUGUUAGUUUUGAGCGAGUGUCAGAAGGAGCCGUCUCUACCAGUGUCGUCGGACUCUUUUUGGCCGUUCAUACGUACAUUUCUAGUUUCUGUACCAAAGGGACGAUCAAUCAGUUUGAGUGACACGAGGAUUGCUUAUUACAAGAACAGUACAAAAAGCAAACAAUCAUAUCGACUGGAAAAUAUUGAUGCAUUGCUAAAAGAUAAGAGCUUUGACUUGAAGAAACCUACAGUGCUCUACAUUCAUGGUUACUCGGAAAUCGUAACCGACGAAAGUGUGGAGUCAGUGGUACUCGCGUAUCUAAAGCACGGUGGCUACAACAUACUGGUGUUGGACUGGUCAAAUCUUGCAUUUGGGAAUUAUUUCGUCAUUAUUCUCGAUAUCAAGCCGAUAGGUGAGGUUACUGGUACGGCUUUAGCCAAAUUAUUAAAAGGUGGUCUUGACGUCCGUGGCCUACAUAUCGUUGGUCACUCUUUAGGUGGUCAAAUCGCGGCAACCACUGCGAGAUAUUUAGCGUCUAAAGGAUAUUCUGUACCUCGCGUAACAGGUCUAGAUCCAGCCUACCCAGGCUUCUACCCACCACUGGUAACAGAACCCAUCAACCCGUCGGACGCACAGUUCGUGGACGUCAUCCACACGAACGGCGGACAGUUCGGCACGCCCACCAGCACCGGCCACGCGGACUUCUGGCCCAAUGAGGGCACUCAGCAACCCGGCUGCCCGUCCUUCUAUUUACCAUUGACUGUUGAAAAUUUGUGCAGUCACUGGCGAUCGUGGCAUUUCUGGGCAGAGUCGGUCGCCGGCGGAAACUUCGUUGCUAAGAAGUGUGGCAGUUAUGACGAUUUCCAAAGAGGAAAUUGUACUAUAUCUGUUAAAAUGGGACUUCAGGCUACUCCAGAUUUGCGGGGCAAUUUCUUUCUGCGGACUGCUACUGAACCACCAUACGCGUUGGGAGACAGGGGUGCUUUA